AUGAAUGCAGAGAUGAAUGGUAAUGGUAGUGGUAGUGGUGGUGGUGUGGUGGUGGAGGAGGGGAAGAAGAAGGUGGUGGUGGUGGUGAGGAAUGGUGAUGAGAAGAUAGAUUAUGUUUAUAAGGUGGUGGUGAUCGGUGAUUCAGCGGUGGGGAAGACGCAGGUGCUGUCCAGAUUCACCAGAAAUGAGUUUUGUUUUGAUUCCAAAUCCACCAUUGGAGUUGAAUUCCAGACUAGAACUCUCACCAUUCACUCUAAGCUUAUCAAGGCUCAGAUCUGGGAUACUGCUGGUCAAGAAAGAUAUCGAGCAGUAACAAGUGCAUACUACAGAGGAGCAUUGGGGGCAAUGCUGGUGUACGAUAUCACCAAGCGACAGUCAUUCGAUCACGUAGCAAGAUGGGUGGAAGAGCUCCGAGCCCACGCCGAUAGCUCCAUCGUCAUUGCUUUGAUCGGAAACAAAGCCGAUCUUGAAGAUAAGAGAGCCGUUCCAUCGGAAGACGCCAUUGAAUUUGCAGAGAAUCAAGGUUUAUACUUCUUCGAAACCUCCGCCCUCACCGGCGACAAUGUGGAAGCUGCCUUCUUUAAGCUCCUAGAAGAAAUCUUUUCGGUGGUUUCCAAGAAAACCUUAAUGGAUCAAGAUGUUGCUAAAUCCAGCCCUGAUUGUCUGACGCUUAAAGGGUUAAAGAUCGACAUUAAUGGAGGACCUGAAUUGGAGAUCAGUGAGAUGAAGAAACUGUCUUCUUGUUCUUGUUGAAUCCCAUCUUUUAUGGAACAUAUGUUUCACCUAAUUCACAUGUUCAAGUCAUUGAUUCGCUAUAUAUACAUAUUAUUCGUUUUAACCUGUAUAUCAGAAGCCCUCUUCUGCUUCAUUUUUCCACAUUUAAG